AUGCCGGCGUCCGCGGGCCAGAACGGGGCGCAGGCCGACGGUCCGCUCGAGCGCAUGAUGGCGGAGGCGCUGCGGCGGAAGACCGAGCUGCUGAAGCAGCACCCGGGACGCAGGGACUGGAACAUCGCGCCUGAGUUUCUGAAGAACACAGUCGUGGACCGCAAGGACAUAGUAGAGGCGCGGGGAAAGGACCCGGGCGCGCGUAUCAAGACGGCACGGAACCUCACGGACGCUGCCAAGGAAAAGAUGGCGUCAGGGGACGCGUCCGGGGCGCUGGACACGCUCACGCUCGCCGUCGGUGUCCUGAUGUGGUUCCGGCGGCCCGCGCCGAACCAAGACAGCGAGGCGAUGGAGCUCGUCGACGGUACCGCGGACAUGCCCGAGAAGGACCGCCAGGUCGCCAAGGGGGCGCUCGCGCGCAGCAUGUGCGCGGCGGCCGCAUGCCUGCUCGACCUCGGCGACCCAGACGGCGCCGAGUACUGCGCGGGGCGGGCCGUGGCGCUGCGUCCGGACAAGGUGCUGUAUCGCGUGAUGCGCGCUAGGACGCUCAUGGCGCGCGGGGACGACGGCGCGGCGCUCGCCGAGGCGCUCGCGGAGCUCAAGGUGGCGACGAAGCAGGACCCGGCCGACAAGGACGCGGCGGCGGCGAUGCGGCAGGCGUUGGCGGCGGCGCGGAGCCACAAGGCCAAGGACGCGCAGCUGGCGCGGAGGAUGAUGGGCGGGAGCGAGGUGGAGGAGGCGCGGGUGCGGCGGUCCUCGAAGGGCGGGACGCGGCAGUCGCGGAGCGGCGCCUCGCCCAGGGGCUCGGCCGUGGCGUCGAAGGCGUCGUCGCGGAGCAAGCUCGACCUCGACGGGCUGCCGCCGGAGGCGGUGGAGAUGGCGCAGCGCUCCGGGAUCGAUUUGAACGACCCGUUGGAGGUGGCGCGGCUCGACAGGGCGGUGCGGACGAGCGGCGUGGACGACGAGGCGCGCGGGGCGGCGGGGGGCGCGGCGGACGGCGAGCUGAUGUCGCCGGCCGUGCGGCGGUGGAUGUUGGCGGCGUACGUGGUCAUCGCGAUGUACUUCGGGUGGCGGAUGUACGUGCUGCUGUCGACGCCGCUCAAGGUGCCCGCGGGGCGAAUACCGACGAGCCCGGGGCCGCACUCGGAGCUGUAG